AUGCCAUCGCCAGAACAAGAUGCGUAUUCGAACGAAACAACUCGAAGGCUACCUCUUAACGCGGUAACAGCUCCUGUGAAGCCUUCUGGGGUUAGACACCCAACAUCCGCCCCCGAAAUUCUUCCUCCAUCCCCUUCAGAAUCUGGCUUGCCUUUCAGAAUGUCCAACCCAUCUGUGGCCUCGCUCUAUGCGUCUACCUUCUCGCCUCCCGGCUCAAGACCUAUGUCACCAGCCAGACAACACUCUCCAAAUACGGCGACCCCGGAACCCGUAUUCGAUCCUUAUUCCGGGCGCGGCGCACUGGACUCUAUCUUUGACAACCCAGGAGAGCCCUUGUCCCAGAUUAUCCAAUCCUUCGUCCCAAACGUAUCAGUAUAUGCUUCGGAAGAUACAGAGAUUUUAAUCAAGAAUAAAGGCAUUCAAUAUGGACUCUGGGAGCUAUUGCGGCCAUUUGGCGAGGAAAUUCAAGGCAAGAUCUCUGUACGAGACAGUCAAGGAAUGAGCCGGUCUUUCGAGGACUUCGCGAUCCGAUUUACGAGGUUUGGCGAGAAUAUUGAGCAUCCCGAUCCCGAUAUCUCUAAUACUCAAACCAUGCCAAACACUGAGGCAGCUGGUUUGCAGGGAAUUACGGAGAGAGACAGGGCCUCGCUUGCUCAAAUCGAGAGUAUCGUGGACAGGCAUUUGGCCUUCGCUGAAUGCUCGACUUCAAACCGAUCUGUGCCGGCCAUGGACUCCUUACAACAGGGUUUAGACCGCGCCUCUGCUUCACCGUAUUACUCCUUGUACCUGAGGCGCUUAUUGUCUGGUACACCUAUUGUACCUCACGAAACUUUUGCCCACCCGGUGGCUUGCGUCAUAGCCAUCAGCUCUCGGAACGAUGCACCCAUUGAGGAAUUGAGGAAGCUGUAUUCUGAGACUAACCAGGGCAGCAAAAGAUUACCUCCUUGGGUGGACAACGACUAUCUUAGAUAUUAUAUUUUGGUUCACGAUGAGGAGAAUGAUGACAUUAACAGGUCAAUGGGCCUCUUUGAGCAGAUGAAGCGGCACCUUGGACUGCAUUGCCACCUCCUUCGAUUGCGAUGUAGUAAAAGCGCGCAGACAGAUGACGACAGUAUGCCAUUACCACCCAGUGAUUGGAUGCCUGCUGCCGAGGAACUGGCUAGAAUUGGAAGGAGUGAAAACGGUGAAGAUUUCGAAGAUCCUACUCAGUACAUCUUCGAGUCUGACGCGACUGCAAUACGGACAUUUGUUCGGGAAAUGGUCACACAAUCAAUCAUCCCCACUAUGGAGCGGCACAUUUCAAUAUGGAAUGACCAGGUUGCCUCACGGCGAAGAGGCAUUACUGGUCGUUUCAUGAAUCUAUCUCGGAAAUGGACUGGCUUUGGGGGCACCUCGAGAUCUUCAUCUGGUGGGAGCCUCCAUUCCCGAGACAGCUAUGAUACCUCGGGAUAUUAUCGCGCUGAUUCUGCUGAGGCCAUCAUACGUAAACUUGCUGACUUUGCAUUUAUGCUGCGGGACUGGAAGCUAGCUCAUUCAACAUAUGAGCUGCUGCGAUCAGACUUUAGCGAGUCGAAGGCAUGGAAGUACCACGCGGCUGCAAAUGAAAUGGCUGCUAUUAGUUUAUUGAUUGCGCCGCUACCCUUGACUUCGAAAUCUCGCGCAGACUCUGCUGAUCAAAUGCUUGAGUCGGCAUUCUAUUCUUAUGGCACUAGGUGUAGCUCUCCAUUUGCAGCUACUCGUUGCUUACUUCUGGCGAUAGAACUGCUAAGGGCGAGAGGCGGUACAAAUAUAGAUGAUGCCAGCAGAUGGGGUCUUCGACUGCUUGAAUCCAGAAUUCUAGGACCAGUCGGCGAUGCUCUGCUUAAGGAGCGGCUCUGUAUUUGCUACUCAUCCAAGGUUGGUGUCGGCGCCUGGAGCUGGGGUACUAGACAUCGCAAAGCUGCUGUAUGGAGUGUACUGGCGGCACAGGCCUGGAACAAGCAGGGCAAGUAUCUCCCAGCUCAGAGGUGUCUGAGCGAGUGUCAUGAGAUUUAUGGGAAUUUGCCUCACAGUAAAGGCAUAACACAAUUUCGAAUCGCAGAGGAAUAUAUUCAUUCUCUAGAGCAUGAAGUAGCUGAGAAGCUUAGACUUCAAGACGCAACCGGGUCAAGUAAAGGAGGAGAGGACACCCCAACCAUUGAUGUUGAGAGCCAAGUAUUCACAGAUAUAUCAUCCAAAAGGGCAAGCAUAGUUUCAAGAGCUGGUGUAUUAGAAACUGCUCCUUUGCGGGGGGAGAUGUUAGGGGGGUAG